AUGAAGGAGUUCAUAGGUCAGUGCGAGACGUGUCGAAGAUAUGAGACUCGACAGCAGAAAGAAACGCUGAUGAGCCACGAGAUAACAGAGCGACCAUGGGAAAAAGUGGGCGCUGACAUCUUUACCAUUGGUGACAAUAACUACCUUGUAUUGGUAGAUUAUUACUCCAAUUUCUGGGAGAUAAACCGCCUCGAAGAUACCAAAGCAAGCACAUGCAUUAGAAAGAUAAAAGGUCAUUUUGCCAGGAAUGGAAUUCCGGAUAUCCUUGUCAGCGACAAUGGUAGCCAGUUCGUCUCUGAGAGAUUUGGAAACUUUGCAAAAUUGUGGGGUUUCGAACAUUGUGUAAGCAGCCCUGGACACCAGCAAGCCAAUGGAAAGGCAGAAUCUGCUGUAAAAUCUGCAAAGAAGCUGAUAUGUAAGGCGGUUGAAACUGGAAAUGAUCCGUACCUGGCGAUCUUGGCUCAUAGAAAUACCCCCACUGAAGAAGCGGAGUCCAGUCCAGCCCAGAGAUUACUUGGUAGACGAUGUAAAACCCUCCUACCGACCACUACUGAGUUGCUCAGGCCGGAGAGUAUUCCAAAUACAAAGAUCAUGAAACAGAGGAAAGAACGAAAUAAGAAACAAGCGAAAUACUACAAUGUUGGUGCUAAAGAUCUGUUGCCUCUGGAAGAGGGAGAUACUGUGCGAAUGCGGCCAUUCAGAGUUGGACAGAAAUCGUGGGAUCGAGCAACAGUUAAACGAAGAUACGAUGAACGGUCAUACGAGGUAGAGACCGAUAGGGGAAAUUACCGACGAAACAGAGUGGAUAUUAAGAAAACGAUGGAGCAAAGUGAACAGCCCGCUAUUGAGAUCCAGCCAAAGACACCGGAAGGGUCAGGAAACGAGCGACAUACCGUUCCAGCGAUUAUGAGUAACAAUGAUGAACAAAGAGUAACAAUGAGGUUCAACGAUGCAGCGACGGGCAACGAUGAAGAUCAGUACAAAGCUCAAGAUUCUCCGGUAGCACAAGAAUCACAUAGACCAAGACGAUUGAGAAAGAAACCCAGUUAUUUGAAAGACUAUGUCAUGAACUGA